AUGGCUUCCCGUGCGGUCCAGGCGCUCCCGCCGCCGCGGGGGCUCCAACACUCGCUUUGCGCAGUUCAAGCUUGUUCUUCUGGGAGAAUCCGCCGUUGGAAAGGUAGCCCGCCCCAGCCUCGGCGGAGAUGCAUUGUACAUGUCGCUGACCUGCCACAGAGCUCCAUCGUCUUGCGAUUCGUCAAGGACCAAUUCGACUCGUAUCGGGAAUCGACCAUCGGCGCUGCUUUCCUGACGCAAACCAUUUCGCUCGACGAGAACACAACAGUCAAGUUUGAGAUCUGGGAUACCGCCGGCCAGGAACGCUACAAGUCGCUCGCCCCCAUGUACUACCGCAACGCCAACUGUGCCGUCGUCGUCUACGACAUUACCCAAUCCUCGUCCCUCGACAAGGCCAAGGCCUGGGUCAAGGAGCUGCAGCGUCAAGCGAACGAGAACAUCAUCAUCGCGCUGGCCGGCAACAAGCUGGAUUUGGUCACCGAGCAGCCCGACAAGCGCGCCGUCUCCACGGCUGAUGCCGAGGCCUACGCCAAGGAGGCCGGUCUGCUCUUCUUUGAGACAUCGGCAAAGACGGCCGAGAAUGUCCGCGAGCUCUUCACGGCCAUCGCGAAGAAGCUGCCCCUGGAUCAGGUCGGCCCUAGGCACGCGCGGCCAGGCCAGCGACAGGGCGUCAGCCUGACCCCCGAAAACGCGAACAACACCAUGGGCGGAGGCUGCAGCUGCUAAGCAACGUGCUGUCCUUUUCGACUGGUGACAGGCGACUGCUGUUUGCAGAAGUUCUCCUUGACACGUGCGUGAGGGGAGGUCACGACAGA